UCAACAAUUUAGUAUCACAUUGGAGUUUAUGGUGUAUAGAACAACUUAAACGACAACCAAAAGACACAUGGGAGACCAACACGUUUAACCGGACUCCAGAGAAAAUGAAGAAAUAAACAAAUUUUAAAAGAAAGAUACGAGACUCCAAGAAUUGCGUGCGUGUGUGUGUGUGUGUGAAUCGAGUGUUUUAUGUUCAUGAUGAUGUUGAAAUUAUCUACAAAAGUUUUAAAAUUACAAUAAAAAAUAUAAUUAAAAAUAAAUAAAUAAAUAAAUAAAUAAAUAAAUAAAUAAAUGAAAAAAAGUAUAAAAUAUGUGUGUAUAAAUAAAGUGUCGACGACUUUGAUGAUGUUUGGAAAUUUGUAAAAAAAAUCAUAAGAAAUUAUAACGACUUACACAAAAGAAAAUUGCAUAAAAAUAAAGAAGAAAAAUCUAAUCAUCAUUCAAGAUGGCAAGUAAAUGUACCAUACAAUUUGAUAACAAUCCAUUUGGUAUAUACUAUGCUGGCCAAAUUGUCUCCGGUACAGCGGAAUUAAUAACAACACGUCCCAAAACUAUACGCUCUAUUUUUAUAACCAUAAGCGGUUUUGCUGAAGUACGCUGGACCGAGAACAUAACGAAACAGGAUGCUCAGGGUAAUCGUGAAAAGGCCAUCGAAACCUAUUCCGCUUCAGAGUUGUACUAUAGUAAUGAGAAGUAUGUGUAUGGACAAAGUGGUGGUGCACAAUUAGAAUUGCCGGCUGGUAAAUAUGUAUUUCCUUUCCAAGGUACAAUACCACCAAAUGCUCCAACUUCGUUAAAUGGUGCCUGGGGUCAAAUACAACAUGAGGUCUCGGUAGUUGUGGAUCGUGUUAUGCGUUAUAAUAAUGUAUUUAAACAGGCUUAUACGGUGGUUUCGCCUUACGAUUUAAAUUUAAAUCCAAAUCAUUCGAAACCUCUACAAAAAAUCGAAGAAAAAACUUUCUGUUGGAGUCUAUGUUGCGGCACUAAAGGACCUAUGGUUAUGAGCGUAAGAGUACCCUUUGGAGCUUAUGCCCCUGGGCAAAAAGUACGCUUUAAUAUAGUAUUAGACAAUCAAUCUGAUGUUCAUUGCUCUGAUGUUAAGGUAAGACUAAUGAAGAAGGUUGUCUAUACUAGUCGUAGUCCUGAGACGACAACAAAAGAAACGGAAAUUAAAGUUGCUGAUAAUCAUUGUGGUGAAGUUGUUAAACUGAAUAAAGCCGAAUUUAAUGAAUUUCUACAAAUUCCUUCUACCACACCCACAUCGCUGGAAAGUUGCAGUAUUAUAAAAGUUUCAUAUACUCUGAAAUUUAUAGCUAAAGUUUCACGUAUACAUGGUGACUUGGUUAUAGAAUUUCCUUUUGUAAUUGGUACAGUACCAUUAUAUGCUAGUACAGCGGAUGAGGGAGCCAUAACAACUCAACCUGGUAGUGGACCUAUAUAUAAACCUAUACCUCCUCCCAUGUUUGAAGAAGAUGUGCGUUCAGAACAAUUCGAGAGUAAUACCUUUAAACCCAGAUAUCCAGUAUUUUUAAAUGACCCUAGUUUGUCUACAAAUGGCACAAGUGCUCCAACGGGACCACCACCAGCAGCAGCUGCCAAUAAUUUAUAUCCUACCGCUAAUAUAUCAGCUGUUACUCCUACCCCACCUAGAGCAACCGUAACACCAUCUGCUCCAGAAUUGCAACCUCUAAAUCCAGGUCGAGUUAUGCCUAGUCCUACUCAACCAAUUAAUCAACAGAAUACCUCUAAAGCAGGACCCAAUAAUGCACCCACUUUGGAGGUUAUGGGUUUCAGUUUACCACCCGAUUAUGAGCCCACACCAAAUGAUUCAACUGGAAGUAUAGGUUGGAAAUAAAAUUUGAAAUUUAUAAUUAAAACGAACGAUCGGGUAUAUAACCGAAUAAUGAUUACCAUUUUAUUGGAAAGGAAUAUAUACUCUAUAUAUGUAUAUGAAUGUACCAAUAGUUUGUAUGAAUUACGAUAACUUUUUAAAAAAUUUUAUACGAUAUUUCAUGUAAUAAAGCAUUUACAAAUAAGUUUAUUUUAAUUUAGA